AUGGCGGAGAAUUGGAAGAACUGCUUCGAGGAGGAGCUCAUCUGCCCCAUCUGCCUGCACGUCUUCGUGGAGCCGGUGCAGCUCCCGUGCAAACACAACUUCUGUCGGGGCUGCAUUGGCGAGGCAUGGGCCAAGGACAGUGGCCUGGUACGCUGCCCAGAGUGCAACCAGGCCUACAACCAGAAGCCAGGCCUGGAGAAGAACCUGAAGCUCACCAACAUCGUGGAGAAGUUCAACGCCCUGCACGUGGAAAAGCCGCCGGCGGCGCUGCACUGCGUGUUCUGCCGCCGCGGCCCCCCGCUGCCCGCGCAGAAGGUCUGCCUGCGCUGCGAGGCGCCCUGCUGCCAGUCCCACGUGCAGACGCACCUGCAGCAGCCCUCCACCGCCCGCGGGCACCUCCUGGUGGAGGCGGACGACGUGCGGGCCUGGAGCUGCCCGCAGCACAACGCCUACCGCCUCUACCACUGCGAGGCCGAGCAGGUGGCUGUGUGCCAGUACUGCUGCUACUACAGCGGCGCGCAUCAGGGACACUCGGUGUGCGACGUGGAGAUCCGGAGGAAUGAGAUCCGGAAGAUGCUGAUGAAGCAGCAGGACCGGCUGGAGGAACGAGAGCAAGACAUUGAGGACCAGCUGUACAAGCUUGAGUCAGACAAGCGCCUGGUGGAGGAGAAAGUGAGCCAGCUGAAGGAGGAGGUGCGGCUGCAGUAUGAGAAGCUGCACCAGCUGCUGGAUGAAGACCUGCGGCAAACAGUAGAGGUGCUGGACAAGGCCCAGGCCAAGUUCUGCAGCGAGAACGCGGCGCAGGCGCUGCACCUUGGGGAGCGCAUGCAGGAGGCCAAGAAGCUGCUGGGCUCCCUGCAGCUGCUCUUCGAUAAGACAGAGGAUGUCAGCUUCAUGAAGAACACCAAGUCUGUGAAAAUCCUAAUGGACAGGACCCAGACCUGCACGGGCAGCAGCCUUUCUCCCCCUAAGAUCGGCCACCUGAACUCCAAGCUCUUCCUGAACGAGGUGGCCAAGAAGGAGAAGCAGCUGCGGAAGAUGCUAGAAGGGCCUUUCAGCACACCGGUGCCCUUCCUGCAGAGCGUCCCUCUGUAUCCUUGUGGCGUGAGCAGCUCUGGGGCGGAAAAGCGCAAGCACUCAGCGGCCUUCCCCGAGGCCAGUUUCCUAGAGACGCCAUCCGGCCCUGUGGGCGGCCAGUACGGGGCAGCAGGCACAGCCAGCGGCGAGGGCCAGUCUGGGCAGCCCCUAGGGCCCUGCAGUUCUACGCAGCACUUGGUGGCUCUGCCGGGCGGUGCCCAGCCAGUGCACUCAAGUCCCGUGUUCCCCCCAUCGCAGUAUCCCAAUGGCUCCGCCGCCCAGCAGCCCAUGCUCCCCCAGUAUGGCGGCCGCAAGAUUCUCGUCUGUUCUGUGGACAAUUGUUACUGUUCUUCCGUGGCCAACCAUGGCGGCCACCAGCCCUACCCCCGCUCCGGCCACUUCCCCUGGACAGUGCCCUCACAGGAGUACUCACACCCGCUUCCGCCCACACCCUCCGUCCCCCAGUCCCUUCCAGGCCUGGCGGUCAGAGACUGGCUCGACGCCUCCCAGCAGCCAGGCCACCAGGAUUUCUACAGGGUGUAUGGGCAGCCGUCCACCAAACACUACGUGACGAGCUAACGCCACGCAGGCUGGGCGCUGGGGACCCUUCCCCCCAACCCCGAUGGCUCCGGAAUUAUGCACCCAGAGACCUGCCCUUCUCUACCUUCCUCUCCCCUUCUUGUUCCAUUCCCCCAGGUCUUUUCUUUCUUUUUGGAUUUUAUUUUGUUUGGGGCUUUGUUUUUGAUUUUUUUUUUUUUUUUUUUUUUUUUAAUGAAUCUCCUGGAUGGAGGCAACAGUGGGAGCUGGCAUUGGUUGGGCCACAGGUGGCCCUGGAGUUGAGAAAGUGUCUCUUGAGGCGCUGAGUUCUCUCUCUGUCUCUUUUUUCUUCCACUUCCUCCCCUUCAUACCCCCAGGCUGGAAGGACCCUCAGUUUCCCCUAAAGCCUUGGGGGAUCCAGCUCUCCUCACUCUCCCUGGGAAGAAGGCCCAUGCCCACAGGCCUGUUUCUCUUCCCUCUUGUAUUUUCUUUGGGGCCAUUCAAUCACUGAUGGAGUAAGGAAUGACCUAUAGAUUGUGGAACUUUUGUUUUGUUUUGUUUUUUAAAAUUUUUUUAAACCAAGAAUGAUUUCUCCUGCUUCCUUCUCCUCACCAUCUUCCCGACGGAGUUCAAAGGCCACUUCUCAAGCAGCUUUUGGCACCUUCAGCCUCAGAGUGGAAUCUUUUAAAGACAGGAGCCCCAUGUCCAGGAAAGGGGAAAAGGAACUUUGCCAAUGAUAGUGACCACAGCAAAAGCAAAUAAUAAUAAUAUUAAUAAUAAUAAAAGAGAAAUAAAUAAUAAAAUAAAAAACAAUAGCACAGCUCUUGUCGAGGUCAGUGGAGGAGGAGGGGCUGCCCCAAUGGGUCCUUGCCUGGAUUUUGACACAGCAACUUCCUAUAGUGAGCACUUUGUAUGAAUCUUGGACUUCCUGUUCUCAAGGCGCAGGUAUUUAUUCUGUAAUCUGUCUAGAGCACACACCGAAAUUCAACCUUCUAAUAAACAUGAUGGCGCA